GCUCAGCUCCGACCUUGCAGAGUCGCUGCGCGGGCGGGAGGCGGGCGGAACGGAGCUAGCGGAGCGCGGUCUCUGAUAAGAGGCUCGGAGCCUGCGUCCCCCGCGCCCGGGGCCGCGCCACGUCCCCUUCCCCCGGCUUACCUGGUGCCAAGUCGCAGGUGUGACUUGGCCCCACAGAUGAUGAUGGCCUUGCCCCGGUGAACUACAGCCUGCCCUCAGCACUGCCAGCAGGAUGCAGCUGUGGAAGGCAGUGGUGGCAACACUGGCCUUUGUAAGCAUGGAUGUAGGUGUGACCACGGCCAUCUAUGCCUUCAGUCACCUGGACCGCAGCCUGCUGGAGGACAUUCGCCACUUCAACAUCUUUGACUCGGUGCUGGACCUCUGGGCUGCCUGCCUGUACCGCAGCUGCCUGCUCCUGGGGGCCACCAUCGGCGUGGCCAAGAACAGUGCCCUGGGGCCCCGGCGGCUACGAGCCUCGUGGCUUGUCAUCACCCUUGUGUGCCUCUUUGUGGGCAUCUAUGCCAUGGUCAAGCUGCUGCUCUUCUCGGAGGUGCGCAGGCCCAUCCGGGACCCAUGGUUCUGGGCACUCUUUGUGUGGACCUACAUCUCACUAGCUGCUUCCUUCCUGCUCUGGGGGCUGCUGUCCACUGUGCGACCAGAUGCUGAGGCCCUGGAUCCAGGAACAGAGGCUGAAGGCUUCCACGGAGAGGGCCAGCCGCCCACUGAGCAGGCAUCAGGGGCCACAUUGCAAAAGCUUCUGUCCUACACCAAACCUGAUGUGGCCUUCCUCGUAGCUGCCUCCUUCUUCCUCAUCGUGGCAGCUCUGGGAGAGACCUUCCUGCCCUACUACACAGGCCGGGCCAUCGACAGCAUUGUUAUCCAGAAGAGCAUGGACCAGUUCAGCACGGCUGUGGUCGUUGUGUGCCUGCUGGCCAUUGGCAGCUCAUUUGCCGCAGGUAUUCGGGGCGGCAUUUUUACCCUCAUAUUUGCCAGACUGAACAUUCGCCUUCGAAACUGUCUCUUCCGCUCACUGGUGUCUCAGGAGACAAGCUUCUUUGAUGAAAACCGCACAGGGGAUCUCAUCUCCCGCCUCACCUCCGACACCACCAUGGUCAGCGACCUGGUCUCCCAGAACAUUAACAUCUUCCUGAGGAACACAGUCAAGGUCACAGGUGUGGUGGUCUUCAUGUUCAGCCUCUCAUGGCAGCUCUCCCUGGUCACCUUCAUGGGCUUCCCCAUCAUCAUGAUGGUGUCCAACAUCUAUGGCAAGUACUACAAGAGACUCUCCAAAGAGGUCCAGAGUGCUCUGGCCAGAGCCAGCACCACAGCUGAAGAGACCAUUAGCGCUAUGAAGACAGUGCGCAGCUUUGCUAAUGAGGAGGAGGAGGCCGACGUGUAUCUUCGGAAGCUGCAGCAGGUCUACAAGCUGAACAGGAAAGAGGCAGCAGCCUACAUGUCCUACGUCUGGGGUAGUGGGCUCACACUGCUGGUGGUCCAGGUCAGUAUCCUCUACUACGGGGGCCACCUUGUCAUCUCAGGCCAGAUGACCAGCGGCAACCUCAUCGCCUUCAUCAUCUAUGAGUUUGUUCUGGGAGACUGCAUGGAGUCUGUGGGCUCAGUCUACAGUGGCCUGAUGCAGGGUGUGGGGGCUGCUGAGAAGGUGUUCGAGUUCAUCGACCGGCAGCCAACCAUGGUGCAUGAUGGGACCUUGGCUCCGGACCACCUGGAAGGUCGAGUGGACUUUGAGAAUGUGACCUUCACCUACCGUACUCGGCCCCACACACAGGUCUUGCAGAAUGUCUCCUUCAGCCUGUCCCCGGGCAAGGUGACAGCCCUGGUGGGGCCUUCGGGCAGCGGGAAGAGCUCCUGUGUCAACAUUCUGGAAAACUUCUACCCACUGCAGGGUGGCCGUGUGCUGCUGGACGGCAAACCCAUCGGAGCCUAUGACCACAAGUACCUGCACCGAGUGAUCUCUCUGGUAAGCCAGGAGCCCGUGCUUUUCGCCCGUUCCAUCACAGACAAUAUCUCCUACGGCCUGCCCACUGUGCCCUUUGAGAUGGUAGUAGAAGCUGCGCAGAAGGCUAAUGCCCAUGGCUUCAUCAUGGAGCUGCAGGAUGGCUACAGCACAGAGACGGGAGAGAAGGGCGCCCAGCUAUCGGGUGGCCAGAAGCAGCGGGUGGCCAUGGCGCGUGCCUUGGUGCGGAACCCUCCUGUGCUCAUCCUGGAUGAAGCCACCAGUGCUCUGGAUGCAGAGAGCGAGUAUCUGAUCCAGCAGGCCAUCCACGGCAACCUGCAGAGACACACAGUGCUCAUCAUUGCCCACCGGCUGAGCACCGUGGAGCGGGCACACCUCAUCGUGGUGCUGGACAAGGGCCGUGUGGUGCAGCAAGGCACACACCAGCAGUUGCUGGCACAGGGAGGCCUCUAUGCCAAGCUGGUACAGCGCCAGAUGCUGGGGCUUGAGCCCCCCUCAGACUACACAGCCAGCCACAAGGAGCCACCAGGCAAUGGUGAACAUAAGGCCUAACACCCAGGCCUGCCUCUCUGGUGCAGCAGAGAACCCAUGCCUGCCUGACCCAUGUGCCCAGGGGCCUGGCAGCCCCAGCUGCCUUCCUGUGGCACUGGAGGGCAACCUGUGAAGUCCUGCUUCACGCUUCCUGCAUCUUGCCUCCUUCACCUGCUGCCCCAGGCACUUGUUGCCCCUGCUGCCAUGGGCUGCCCCUCUGCUGUCUCCCCUCCUGGUGUCUCCAGCCCCUGCCAAGGUACAGCAGCCUUUUUAAACCAAGAUCUUAACAGAUUUUUUACUGCUCGGUUUGAUGCACUCCAGUCAACUAGAUUUCAAGAACAUUUUUCUAGUUGGGACGAAUGGUGGGCAAGCUCACCAAGAUGCUCUUAAAACUUCUGAGCCAGGAGUGCAUGACCCUUCCAACAGCCUGGAGGCUAUCAGGAGAGAACCAAGCACUACCCUUUGCCCCUCCAGAGAAGGGCUUCCCUGUCCCCUAGGGGGACAUAGGGGUUAGCCUUUCUGCCCCUCCCAUCUCCCUGCUCUGUGAGUCAGGCCAAGUGUAGGCAGGAGAGUGGGAAGUGGCUUUCUGCCCAUCAUCCCCUCUGCUAAUCAAAGCCAGUCUCACUGUGAACCACUACGAACCUCAGCGGGAGUGAGGGGCUGGCCAGGCCUGGUGGGCCUAGGGGUGCCCCCAGCCCCACACCCAGCACUUGAGCCCCUCAUCCCUCCCCCUGACUGGCACCUUCUACCCAUGCUGCUCUGUGGUUCGGAGGCUCUGUGGUUGGUUGGUUGGUUAUGAGAUGUGUUCUCUUUUCUAGGAGUGAGACCGAGGCAAUGCCCAGGGUCUGGCUUUGUCCUGGUUUUGAGACAUUGGGAGAACUGGGUAAAUAAAGUGUACUACCUCUGA